CUCAGUAUAAUAUCAACAAUGAAAAUGAUAAUAACAACGUUAUGCUGCAAAUAUUUUUGCUAAAUAAUAUACCGGGACGUGAAAAACGUGAAUUAUAUCCCGGAUUAAUACGCUGUUGUCGUAAUCGAUUCAUAAUGAAUCGAGGCGAACAGGAAACACUGUUUCGACAAAGCCGACAGAUGACAAGAAUUGUACCGUCUCGUGAGGAUCUUGUAUUGAGUGUACUUAAAUCACCAAUCAAUCAACAACAACAGCAACAACAACAACAUCAACAACAUUCACAACAACAACAACAACAAUAUCGACAUUCAGCACAUUAUCCUCUUAGUCCACAGGAUCAUGUCAAUUGUCAAUCACAUAAAAAAAGUACUCGUUCAGGUCAAACGUAUGAUGAGGAUGAAGAAGAAGAAGAUGAUGAUGAUAAUCUACCACGAAUUCGUGGACAAUGUUCAAGAUUAACAGAAAAACGUUACAGUGCAGCAGCAGCAUAUGCUGCAUUACAAGGAAGUGAAGAUGAACUUGUUGCAUGUGAAUCUGAAGAUUUAAUGUUAAAAACACCAGGAAGUGAAACAGAAGAUACUGAUAAUGGUGUUGUUAUUGAUGAACCAAUACGUAAAUUUCAAUUUUUACGACGUUUUAGAUCACCAAGAUUUGGUGAAGCACAUCAUAAAAGAGUACCAACACCAAUGAAAAGAAAACAUAGAAGAAAAAAAAAUAAAGAUGAUCUUACAAGUGAUGAUGUUAAUGUUGGUGAUGCUGAAGAAGAAGAAGAAACAACAAUACCAGUACAAGCUGGUGUACCUGAUCCAUAUUAUCCAAUUUAUUUACCAAUUGAUCAAGCAUUUAAAGCUAAAUAUGUAUUUCAUCAUAAAAAAGGAAAAACAUUUCAAGAACGUCUUUAUGUUUUUCUUGAACAUCCUGGUGGUUGGAUAUGUUUUAUUUAUCACUUUACUGUGUUCAUGGUGGUAUUGGUGUGUCUCAUAUUCAGUGUUUUGUCAACAAUUGAACAGUACAGUAAUUUUGCAAAUGAAACUUUAUUUUGGAUGGAAAUAUGUCUUGUGGUAUUUUUCGGUGUCGAAUACUGUGUAAGACUAUGGAGUGCUGGUUGUCGAUCAAAGUACAUGGGCUGUUGCGGACGUUUUCGAUUUAUACGAAAACCAAUUUGUAUAAUAGAUUUAAUUGUUGUCGUUGCUUCCAUGGUCGUACUAACACUUGGCAGCAAUGGACAAGUAUUUGCAACAUCAGCAAUACGUGGAAUUCGUUUUUUGCAAAUUCUUCGAAUGCUACAUGUCGAUCGUCAAGGUGGUACUUGGCGACUACUUGGAUCAGUUGUUUUUAUUCAUCGUCAGGAAUUGAUAACAACUCUUUAUAUAGGAUUUCUGGGUUUAAUAUUCAGCAGUUAUUUUGUUUAUCUUGCGGAAAAAGAUGCUGUUGGACCAGAUGGAAAAACAGAUUUUUCCAGUUAUGCAAUAACAGUAACUACAAUUGGCUACGGUGACACAGUUCCACAAACCUGGAUGGGAAAAAUUGUAGCCUCAUGCUUUAGUGUGUUUGCAAUUUCCUUUUUCGCACUUCCAGCUGGUAUUCUUGGUUCUGGUUUUGCAUUAAAAGUACAACAAAAACAACGUCAAAAGCACUUUAAUCGUCAGAUACCAGCAGCAGCAAUGUUGAUUCAAUGUCUUUGGCGAUGUUAUGCUGCAGACAAAGCCAUCAAUAGCGUUGCAACAUGGAAUAUUUAUAUAAAAGAUCCAACACCAGCUGGUCAACCAUCAACUCCACUUGGAAAGUUGAUUUGUAUAAAGAAGAUGUCUCUGAUGAUCCAGGUGGCCAAGAAGGCGAGUGUGCUGAAACGACGAAAAUCAAGAAAUCGAAUGGAUGUACAAAACCAACAACAACAACAACAAAGUGGAACAGUACCGACAAUUAAUACAGCAAGUGGUACAUCAACUGGACAAAAUGAUGCACAACGUGUUGAUAAUGAAGGUGAUGUUGUAUUUUACAUGGAAGAACCAAAAGCUGGUACACCAAAUCGUGCUAGACGAGACAAUCGGGGUAGUAUUUUCAUGUCACAAACGAGCUCAGUUACUGAAGCUGCCAGUGAUGAAAUAGACAUUGAUAUUGAUGAACCCCAACGAGUUACAACACUCACAGAAGCACAUCGAAAUGCAAUUAGAGCCAUUAGAAAAAUCAAAUAUUUUGUGGCACGUAGAAAAUUUCAACAAGCCAGAAAACCUUAUGAUGUCAGAGAUGUAAUUGAGCAAUACAGUCAGGGACACUUAAAUAUGAUGGUGCGAAUAAAGGAGUUGCAGAGAAGAUUGGAUCAAACCCUUGGUAAGCCGGGUAGUUACCUAGCUGGAAUUGAUCGGGCAGGAAACAUUAAACCCAUGACCAUUGGUGCACGUCUAUAUCGAGUUGAACAGCAGCUGUCGGUUAUGGAUAAAAAAAUCGAUCAACUAGUCUACGUUCUCAACGCUGUUGCCCAAAAACAACAAAUACCAUUGCGAAGUAUCGAGGAUGACGUGUAACAGAACGCCCCGAGUAUAUUAAUAAUACCAUCAUUAUGUUUCAAAAUAUAAUUAAAAGUUUUUUUAAAAUCCGUAUUUCCGUAAUUAAAUACUCAAAAAAAAGAAGAGCCCCCUCACAAUGAAUAACACAAAUAAUUACUAUUGUUCACAACGAGCUUUAUGGGCAUAUCGAAUAUUACAUAAACGAGUUAAAAAUAUUUUAAAAAUCUUAAUAGUUGAAAUAAUAGUUGAUAAAUUAUUUUUAAAGCCAAUGAGCUUUAUAUUUUAUUCCCAAAGUCACUUAAUAAUUGCCUCGACACGAGGAAAUGUUUAUCAAGUUUAUCGUGAGACAGCUGAUACGCACAUGCUCGACGAAAGAAAAAUGAAAAUAUUCAAACAAACAACACGUACAAGAUACGGAUAUAAAUAUUUUAUUAACGAUCAAUUUAUAAAUAAUUCUUUCUUU